AUGUUCAGUUCAUUAAAAGAUUUUGAUAAAAAUGUUUGUUCAGUUAAUUGUGUUAUAACUGUACUAUGUUUACUAUUAGUUUAUAGUGCAAAGAAAAAGUUCUCCGAAUAUCGUUCUAUGAGACAACAUGGUCUACCCAUAGUUUAUGGUCUACCGUUUUUGGGAAUUUUAUAUCAAUUUGUGCCGAUCCAGAAAUUUUUAUAUGUACUUGGUUCCUAUUUCGACAAGUUAAAGUCUUGGUCCUAUUUAACAUGGUUUGCCAAUGUGCCUUUAAUUAUAACAACCGAUACUGAUAUCAUUAAACAUAUUCUAAACUCUGAUGUCUUCCUUAAUAAAUCUGGUGUUAUUUAUGAUACAAUGAAUGAAGCUAUGCCUGAUGGUAUUAUCACCAGUAAAUAUUUCAAAUGGAAACAUAAUCGUAAAUUAAUGAAUCCAUCAUUUGCUCCCCAAAUUAUACAACAGUUUAUACCUAGUUUUAAUAAAUACUCGAAACGUAUUUCUAAAUAUUUCGAGUCUUUGAGGGUCGGAGAGGAACAUGCAAUAUUUGGUCACAUAAAACAGGAAAUUUUAGAAAUGGCUGUGGGCAACACCAUGGGCUCGGUACUGGCGGAAGGUGAAAACGUUAAUGGAAAUAUGGCAAAUAAUUUUAAUAAAUUAUUGGGGAAAAUGGUCGUUGGCACAACAUUAUCUUUUGUAAAACUUUCAUUUCUAAUAAGAACAUCUACAUAUUAUCAAAUCAUCGAUAAUUUAAAAGGCUAUAUGAAAAAUUUAAUUAAGCGUAAAAUGGGCUCUACAAUUAAAAAUGAGGAUAAAUACUUUUUAGAUCGUGCUAUAAAAUAUCAACAGCAAAAAAUAUUUGCUAUAGAUGAUGUGAUAACCGAAACCUAUACCAUGAUUAUUGGGUCUUUUGAAACCGUUUCUACCACCUUAUACUCUAUUAUUAUAAUGUUGGCCAUGCACAAAGAUGUUCAGCAGAAACUUUAUCAGGAAGUAUUUGAAAUUAUGGCAGAUUCUAAGAAUAUAGAUUAUAAAGACUUGGAUCAAAUGGCCUAUCUAAAUAUGGUUAUCGAUGAAACUUUACGCUUAAUGCCUCCUAUACCUUUAAUAGGUCGUGAAUCUUUGGAAAGUUGCCACUUAACCGAUGCUAUUAAACUGCCUAAAGGUUUUCAAAUCUUAAUUUCUAUCUUUCAUUUACAUCGACGUCAAGAUCUUUGGGGUGCUAAAGCUGAUCUAUUUAAUCCCGACAAUUUCUUACCGGAAAAUAUAGAGAAACGUCAUCCUUAUGCUUAUAUACCCUUUUCAAAGGGGGUGCGUAAUUGUAUAGGUUGGCGUUAUGCUCUUAUAGCUUUAAAAGUUUUGGUUUUAAAUCUGGUUAGAGAUUUUGAAUUUAGCACCGACUUUCCGUAUGAUGAACUGAUAUUUAUCAAUCAAGUGAGCUUGCGUUUUCUCAAUGAACCGAAAAUACAAUUUAUAAAGAGAAAUGUUAGCGCGGAAUAGAGAAUGAAAAUGGCUGAUGAUGGAAUUAUUUUUAGAAAAUAAUCACUUAUCGACGUAUAUGA